GAGAUUUGCCUUCGUGGGCACCCGUAGUCGAAACAUAUGACGAGUAGAAGAUCUUCCGAUGGGCAGGAAUAAUCAUCUGCAACCUACGGAAUUAUAACAACUUCUGUGUCAGGAUAUUAAUUUAGAUAUAUACGCUUUUUACAUCGUUACUGUGAUCAGUUAAAAGGGCUGCCAUCGGACCAUGGCUGCUCAGAAGAUAAACGAAGCACACGAGCAUAUUGCCAAGGCUGAAAAAUAUUUAAAGACAAGUUUCAUGAAGUGGAAACCAGACUACGAUAGUGCUGCUUCAGAGUAUGCAAAAGCAGCUGUUGCCUUCAAAAAUGCCAAGCAGCUUGAGCAGGCGAAGGAUGCCUACUUGAAGGAAGCAGAGGCUCACACAGAAAACAGAGCUCUGUUCCAUGCUGCUAAAGCUCUUGAGCAAGCUGGUAUGAUGCUAAAGGACAUGCAGAGGAUGCCUGAGGCGAUCCAGUACAUUGAGAAAGCCAGUAUGAUGUAUGUGGAGAAUGGCACACCUGACACAGCUGCAAUGGCACUGGACAGGGCUGGCAAGCUGAUAGAGCCCAUAGAUCUAGAAAAGGCAGUGAAUCUUUACCAGCAGGCUGCAUCUGUGUUUGAGAACGAGGAUCGCCUGCGACAAGCAGCUGAACUUCUGGGGAAAGCCUCGAGACUUCUAGUAAGGCAACACAGGUUUGAUGAGGCUGCGGUGUCGCUUCAGAAGGAGAAGAACAUGUAUAAAGAAAUGGAAAACUAUCCCACCUGCUUCAAGAAAACAAUUGCACAAGUGCUGGUUCAGCUUCACAGAAAUGACUUUGUCGCAGCAGACAAAUGUGUCCGAGAGACUUACAGUAUCCCAGGGUUCAGUGGGAGCGAAGACUGCAUUGCCUUGGAGCAGCUUUUGCAAGGUUAUGAUGAACAAGAUGAGGAACAAGUGUAUCGUGUUUGUAACUCGCCUCUAGUCAAGUACAUGGACAAUGAUUACGCCAAGUUGGCAAUCAGCCUUAAAGUUCCGGGAGGUGGAAAGAAGAAAAAAUCUCCUACGAGCCCUCAAGAUGCAGCUGGGGGGGCGCAGGGUGCCGAAGAGGAGGAUGAGUAUGAGGGUGGCCUUUGCUAACUCCAGCCCCCAAAAUGCUCUCCGCCUCUCUGUACUUGCCCAUGAUGUAAUGUGCUGUCAUUUCAGGCAACAGGCCAUCAAUCUGCCUGUUCUGCUUAUUCCAGACUCAAUGGCUAAAUGGCAUUAUAAAUUGAUUAUAAUCUGAGCUGUCCCAGCACAUAUCUGCCCAACACUAUUAUUCGUUUGCAUCUUUGACACGCAUGAGCGUAUAGUACAGUACCUGAAUGAUAAUCAUAAUGAUUUGAAAAUAUGUUUGUUUUAAGAUUUUCAUUUGAUGUUUAAAUGAAAUGUUACACUCAGUGCUCUACCCCUUUCAAAGUAUAUAUAAGUAGACAAUGAAAAGCUCCAAAAUGGCAUGCAACAUGUGAAUAAUAAUUUCCAGUUAAAUCAUGGAUCCCAGGUUAAAUGGUUUUCAAGUUCACUGUUACACCUGUAGCAGAAAGCAUCAUUUAAUGUAUCAACCCAUGGAAAAGCCUUAAAUUACACAUACAAAAAAUAUAUUUGGCCUGCGGUUUCAUAAAUGUAUUUCCUGUGUCAAAUGUGCUUUUUUAUUUUUGAGGAUGUGAGCAGGUGUAAAAGUGGCUCAUAUCAUGUCUUAUGGAUUCUGAUGUAUUUGCUGAUCAGAGUGGAGAGUAAUUUUGUUGAAGGUGUAUCAUUUUUCUGUACAGUAUCUAAAAUAAUUUUAAAGUGUUUAUUAUUUACUUUGUGGUGGUAUCUGUUUAAAGCUUGCAUUUACAUAUGGUGACUGUUCCUGUAUAAAAUGUCAAAGAGAAUAAAUACUGGCUUAAUGCAA